ACUUACAUCACUCUAGGCCAACAUCUUAUGUAACCGAGAUGUCAGGUGCCUCGCUUUAUUUCCACAAUUCGCGUGUCCCUGUGAGGUCGCCGCGUGGGAAAGAGACCACACAGGCUGAAGAAAGUGGUCGAAGUUCAAACCCCAGCAGGCCGACGCAGUCCGCAGUCCACACUAUGGCGCCAAGCUACUUGCUGCUCGUCGCACUGGCCGUCUUCCUCAAGGCACCACCCGCUUCCGCGCAGGACAAGAAGAUACCGGAUUUCAUCAAACUCUGCAAGAGAAGCGACCCGCAGCUAAACGAAUGCAUCACGGACUCAGUGGAGCACCUCAAGCCAGCACUCGAGAAAGGAGUGGAGGGGAUCGUCCCUUCCUUGGAGCCGCUGCGGAUGAACGAGGUCCCCAUCAUAGACAACAACGGAUUGAGAAUCGUGGGCAAAGACGUCAAGACCUACGGCUGUAGCGACUUCAGGAUCUUUAAUAUGAAAGCGGACGUCGGCAGCAAGAUGGACCUGGAGUUCGACCUGGAACUUCCAAUGCUGUAUACAGUCGCCCAGUAUGAAGUCAGCGGUCGGAUUCUGCUGAUCCCUAUAAAGGGAAACGGGCCUUUCUACGGAAACUGGUCGGAGUGCACGGCCCACGUGACCCUGGACGGCGACUUGGAAGACAGGAGCGGAUUCAAGUUCGUCAGAUUCAACACCCUGAGAAUCGUCUUCACGAUGGGGAAGGGCAGGGUGGAGCUGCGAAACCUGUUCAACGGCGACAAAGUCCUGGGCGACGCAGUGAACUCCGCCAUCAACUCUAACUUCAAGCAGGUCCUGAAGGAAUUGCAGCAUCCGAUUGAGAAAGCGCUGGAGGACGCCAUUCUCGAAAUAGCGAACGACUGCGUACGAGAUUUCACCUACGACCAGCUGUUCCCUCUAGAAUAAGACGGCGUGAGAAACCCAAUAAGUACACCAUAGCCGCUUAAGGAUUUUAAAAAUAGAUUUCCAUAUUUAACCCACAUCUUUACUCAUUAUUUGUCCAUAAGAUUUCGCGCAUAUGAAAUUUUCGUUCAGGAUAUUAAUUUUAUUUCGGUAAGUGUCGAAAAUGUUGUGACACUUCCUAAAGCACGAGGGCUGUCCAAAAAUACACCCCCGUUAACCGAUUCACUUACGCUGUGCGGCGUUAGUAAUGGCCUCAUAAAGACUAUUAUUCACGUGGUGCAGAUAACACUAAAAUAAUAACGAAAAGAAGAAUGAACGACAAUUUUUGCUAAGGGUUUCUUUUAAGUAAAGAACAAACUCAUUUUGGCUGCAACCAAAUAAAAUGUUCUCGGAACGCUGAAACUACAAAUAAAUUCUAAAAAAAUCCGACAAUCUAAUGCGUUACUUAAGCACAUGAACACGAUAAGACUGAUUAUUCUGAACUAGUUCAGCAUAAAAUAUCAAUAACACACUUUUGUGCUCAAACGCGAUGGAACAGAAUUAUAGUGACAUCUAAAGUAACUUAUGAUUCAUAUUCCUGCGUGAUGUGGUAUAAUAUUAAAAACACUUAAAGAAAGUAUCAAUUUCUGGAAAUAAUACUAAUAAAAUGUUUCACUGCUCAUAAAAGUUUCUAUGUUUCUAGAAUUUACAGCAAAAUUCAAAUUCAUGUUGUUCUAUACAAAUAAACGUGAUAUUGCAAAGGAAA